AUGUCGUUCUUUGGCUUCAAUACCACCCUUCCGAGGGACCGCGACCACCCCCCGUCCGGUUCCCGGGGGUUCUUUGAGAAUCCUGAUCCUUUCGCCGAGGUUGCAGCGCAGGCGCUUGACGAUGAUGACGCCAUUGACUUCGAAGAUACCUACGACGGCCUUGGUGACCAGCUUGACGACGAUCAGGAUGCCUUCAACGACGACACCUUUGGUGGUGGCGGCGCAGAUGGUGGGAAGGUCGGUCGUGAUUUCGACUUCUUUGGGAAGACCGCGCAGGUUUCCGAUGCCAUUGGCGAAGAGCAAGUCCGAUUCGCCCUCCAGAAUCCUCAGACUGCGCGCGUAGCUCCCCAGGUUUCUAACCAGCCUGCUGCUGAGCCCCCAGCGAAGCGUUCCGGCUAUGAGAAGUACUCGGACCCCGACUUCAUUCCUGAUCUACAGGCCAAGUCGAGUGUCUGGGGAAUUCCGCAGAAGAAACCGGAACCCAGCAUAUCUCUACCUCAGAGCCGGAAGAUGAUGAGUUUGGAGGAGGUUGAGGCGCAAAUGCGCAACCAAGGAGUCCAUCCUUCGCAUUCGAUGCCCCCGCAGAUCCAGGAUUCAUCCUACUUGCGUCACCCUCAAGACCUCCCGACCCUUCCCGACGGCUUUCCCAAUUUGCCUCCAGAACUGUUGCGGGCUCAAUUCGAGAGGGGCGGGCUGCCACCACACAUGGCUCCUCCUCCACCUGGAAUUCCGGAGCUAUAUGCUGGUGGUCCAGGACCAGCGCCGCCUGGACUGCCUCUGCAUAUGAUCCAGAAUAACGUCCCACCCCAAAAUAUACCUCUCUCCGGCCCUCGCCAUGCCGGCCCUCCUCCGGGCCAGCGAAACCAGCAUCAACAGCAGCAGAUGGUGCCGCCGCCUUCCUCUCGGGCCGGUAACAACGGAUUACCAAUUAUUACCAACCCCCAACAGAUAAUGCAAUUGACCGAGGAUCAGCGUAGCGCCUAUUUGGUGGAAGACGCCAAACGGGCAAAGCGCAACCACAAGAUCUUCCUCCUCUCGCGAGGCAACGGUUUGAUGACACCUCAGGACAAGAACUUCAUCACUCGCAUUCAGCUUCAGCAGCUUGUUGCGGCUGCUGGUAAUGUCGCUGAUUCUGAUCCGGAAGCAGUGCUAGCGGAGGACUUUUAUUAUCAAGUUUACAGCCAGAUUCGCGGCGCUCCUCGACAGCACCCUCAUCAACCUUUAGGCCACUUUGCUCAAACGUACCUCUUGCAGACUGGCGCUCGGUUCGGGGGACACGGGAACCGUCGUGCUUUCCAAAACGCCGAUAACCACAUGCAGCGAAUGCAGCAGCAGGUCCAGCGCGCGGUCGAAGCCGCCAAGGCCAAGCCAAAAAACAAGCAGCUCAUUAUUGAGGGUAGCCUGGGAAAGAUCUCCUUCAGUAACGCCAAAGCGCCGAAGCCGAUGCUCAAUCUCAAGCGACCAGAUAGUUCAGAGGGAACUCGACCCAAGAAAAUACAAUCGGAUCUAAGCAUCAGCGAUCGUAAAUCAAUUCUUACGAACAUCGAACACGUCUACAGUACAUUGAUGUCCAUGGAAGAUAUGGAGCGGACCAUGCCACCGCCACCAGAGGACGGUGAUGCCGAUGCGAUCCAGGAGCACUUGGAAUGGCGACAGAAGGUUCACUCCUUGAACCAACAGCUUUGGAAGGCACUCAAGGUCAUGGAGCCAAUUGGCAAGAAGGCCAUCCCUCGCAUCUUCCGUCACAUCGACCAGGAGCAGCGUGUCACUAUUUUGACGAUGAUUGUGGUGAACCUGGACAGCUUGGAUGUGGUCCGCCUCGCGCAACCAUCUGGUCCAAACGAUGCGCAACUGCCUGUCGCGGUACGUGAGGCUAUUGAUUUGUUCUCGCUCGCUGUCAUGCCAAGCUUGCUUGGCUAUGUAAACGAGGCACCUUUCAAUAUCAUUAUUGGACUCCUGGGUCUGGUCAUUGCACAGACUCAAGUGGUGUCUGUCGCCCGCACCAAGACCGGUCUUGGAAUUUUGACCAUGCUCCUCAGCCGUGCCGAAAUCGUCAAGGAGGCUGGGCAGGCGUCCGAGCGCGAUUGGCAGCAAUGGGUGGAGAAGUUCAACGACCUUUUCGAUAUGCUCGAACCUGGGUUGGCUGAUAUCUUCCCUGGCUCCAUCAACUCCGGUGAUGACAUGUAUGUGUGGCAAUUCUUGGCCGCUGUGGGUAUUGGCGCCAGCCCUGAGCAGCAGCAACGUCUGGUGAUCGCAGUCAAGGACCGUGUCAUGGAGACUGUUGGAUACAGCAAGACUCUCCCUGCUGACAUGGCUAGCCAGCGCCUGGGCAACGUCAAUCUGUUCAUGCGCGCUAUUGGUCUGGAUGUAGAGCUGCUUGGUUAA